AUGGUAGGCAGUUCAUCUCUGGAGUUUUUUAGGAUUUUUGCAGAGCGCAGGAUCAAGAUCUGCUACGCGUCUGUAGCACACCCAAAGAGCAACGGGCAGGUGGAGAGAGCUAAUGGCAUGAUCCUUCAAGGAAUCAAAACCAGAGUCUUUGACCGACUACAUCCCUACGCCAGACAAUGGGUACAAGAGUUGCCACCGGUACUCUGGGCACUCCGCACAUCCGUCAGUCGGGCCACGGGACAAUCGCCCUUCUUCCUCGUCUAUGGAGCAGAGGCAGUCUUACCUAUCGAAAUUGACCACGAAUCCUUUCGCAUCCGCAACUACAACGAGUCCACGGUAGACCUGGCUAGGGAAGAUGACCUCAACAGGUUGGAAGAGGCUAGGGAUAUUGCAACCAUCCAGUCGGCACGCUAUCUACAGGGACUCCACCGAUACCACAACAGGAAUGUUCGUGGACGGGCGUUCCUAGUCGCCGACCUGGUCUUACGCAAAGUACAGACCACAAAAGACCGACACAAGCUCUCCCCGAUCUGGGAAGGGCCCUACAUCAUAGCCGAGGUCACCCAACCCGGCUCAUACCGACUAAGGAUGGAAGACGGAAGGCUGUUAGAGAACUCAUGGAACAUCGAACAGCUACGCCCCAUCCACACAUAG